AUGUCGCGCCGCCGAGAGGUUGCUGUUUCGGCCGCGGCCCUUGCUGGGCUGGCGGCCUGCGCCUUGAUUUUCGUGCUGCGUCGACGUCGAGCACUCGCGCCUCCAUCCGCACCGCGGGCACCCGCCGCCGCCCAGCCGCCGCCGCCCGCGGCCGCCGCCCAGCCGCAGCCAGCUGCGGCCGCUCCGCCGCCGCCCUUUGAGGCUGGCACGCGGCUCGUGCUGACGGGACUCAAGAGCCGGCCAGAGCUCAACGGGCAGCGGGUGACGGUGCUCGGGUACGACGCGGCCAAGGGACGGCUGAAUGUCGCGCUCAGCCAGGGACGAAGCACGAUCCAGGUCAAGCCAGCGAACCUGCUGCCGGCGGCGGCGCCGUCCGUGGGCGAGAUGACGGCCAAGGAGCUGAGCGAGCUCGGCCUCGCCGACGCGGCGGCGCUCACCGCGAGACACGCGGAGCGGGUGGCACGGGACGGCAAGACCAUUCGUCUUUGGCCUCCUCCGCGGGGAAAGCUCGAGCGAUCGCGGGCCCUCAACCAAGCGGCCCCCGGCUCGGAGCUCGUGCUCAAGCCGGUGCGCGGGCGCGAGAUCUUCGCGGCCGCCACCCUCGACGGCCUCGGCAUGGUCACGCUCGACCCGACGCUCGGCGAGCGCGCGGACGACUCGCGCUUCACCGCGCUGCCCGCCCCGUACUUUGCGCCGCUCUGCCACAUGUCGCAAGCGCUGCACGUCGAGAGCCUGCUCGGCGCCGUCGAGCGGCUCGCGCGCGCGGGCGAGGCGCACGCGGCGGAGGAGGCCGAGGCGGCGCGCGCCUUUGGGGCGCACACCUACUUCUGCUUCAACGCGUCGGCGAGCGAAGACAGCAUCCUCCCCGUCACCGCCAUCGGCCGCGGCGAGAAGGGCGGCGGGGCGCGGGGCGGGGCGGCGUGGAUUCUGCUCUACACGUGCGAGAUGCUGCUCGAGCACGCGCGGCCGGGGAUGGAGCAGCGGGGCAUCUUCCCCGAGGGGCAGCAGCUCGCCGCCACCGCCGUGCCGCUCGCGUCGGUGCUCACGACCCUGCAGGGCUCGGCGGCGAACGCGGGCGUGCACAUCAAUGAGUUUGUGCCCGGGCUCGCGCCGAGCGCGAAGGCGACGCAUCUGGAGAGCGAGUUCCUCUCUCGCUUCCUCGCACUGGCUGGCGCGUGA